AUGCCACAUGCUGUUAGGCAUUACAACUUUGGCGUAGAGAUUGAAGCUGUUACUAGGCCGUACGGAAACUGCGAGAGCUUCACCAACGUGGACUGGUAUCGACAACUGGCGCAAAAGCUACGCAACAGGGGCAUCCAAGCGGUCCAUGAUGAUUGCUCCAAGUAUAGCAAGCACCCCGAGUACUACGGAGGGAAGUGGUUCGUCACGCGUGACGGGUCGCUGAAGCGGCCACGGCCAUAUGUGUGCAUGGAGGUUGUAUCGCCAAAGCUUGACACCAUGCAUGGCGUGAGCCCUAUCAUCUCCGAUUUCUGGGAGGCCAUGCGCGUGCACUUUAAGCCUCAGGAGGACGAGUCAUGCGGUGGGCAUGUUCACGUCACGCCCGUCAACCUGAAGAACAAGUUCUCGCUCAGGACCCUCAAGAAGAUCGCCUUUGCCACGGUCGUGUACGAGGACUUUGUGGCGGAGAUGCUGCCCGCCGCUCGCCGCGACAAUCACUACUGUCGGCUGAACAGCCAGAGCCUCGACUCCGGCCUGAACAAGACGCUGGGCUGGGGGAAGAGCAUAGACGCUCUGCACAAGGUGGCUGCCGAGAUUCGGUCCAAGACGCGAAAGGCAGACUUGUGCCACUACAUGCAGGGCAACCGCUACGUUCUGUGGAACUUUCAGAACAUCUAUCCGAAGCGAAGGAGAAGACGGUGCACGGGGACGAUUGAGUUUCGGGGCGGAAACCAAUUUCUCAACACAAAGGGGACGUUGGCCUGGGUAGCCUUUGUGCUGGGUUUCAUUACCUUGGCGAAGGAAGAGGACCUUCUUCACCAUUUCUACUCUUACGUUCCACCCACGGAUCCCAGCUGGCCUCGCCUCGCCAAGGAAUGGUGGAAGCGGAUUCGGGAAGCGGCUAAGCAGUCGCGGAUGAGCAGGCAUCUGCCUGAGACGUACACGGAAAUGCAGACAAAAUGA